AGUCCAGAGUAGACCGUAUUGUACGGGGUAUAACAGCGACAAAAUGAAAGUGAAAAAGAAAAUGCAAGGCAUGAAGAAGAAAUUCAAGUCAAAAAUCAGUGCUGUCAAGCUAUCAAAUAAACACUUAAACAAACUUGGAAAGCAAGGAAAACUUAAACAAGAGGCUCACAAAAGGAAAUUGAAACAAAAAAGGCUAGAAAAAUCUAGAAAUAAAACAAAUGAGGGUAGAAAUGCUGCAGCAUCUGACAUAAAGGACACUUGUGAGGAAUUAGGAGAAGAAGAUGUUAGUUUUUAUAGCAACAAAUGUCCGAGCAGUGGUUUUAUUUCUACAGUAAAAAGCAGGGUGCUUUACAAUGAAGAUGUUAAAAAGUCAAAGAAAAGGAAGAAAUCUGAGGAAAAUAGUGAAGAUGAGGAAUAUUAUGAGAGGUUGCCACGGAAAGUGUUUUCAGCUGAUGGCAAAAAAAAGAUGAUCCUUCCAAUCAAAACUAUCCAUGGUAUUGUUCCACAGAUGGUAGACAAUGAAUCAGAGCAGGAAGUGGAGGAUGAAGAAAUUACAGAACCAGAUGUUAGAGAAAAGAUGGAAAAAGAGAUCUUGGAGAAAGAACAGUCUCUACCAGUGUUGAAUGGAGUAGAUCUCUACUUACAUCGGCAGAAAAAAUUGGCUGAAAGGAAACAGAAAAUAGCAUCUCUGUCCAGUUCCAUCAUUUCAAGUCCAGAAGACAAUAUAAAGAAACUGCAUGAAUUGGUGUCCAUGUUAAAGGAGAAAGAUCAGGAUGUGUACAUAACUGUGAAGAAGUAUGUCAUGGUCUCACUACUGGAGGUUUUCAAGGAUGUCAUACCUGGCUACUAUAUCAGACUGCCUACUGAGAAAGAGGAGCAACAAAAGAUGAAGAAAGAAACAAAGGCUGUGCUUGACCAUGAAUUGGGCUUGGUUAGGUGUUAUAAAGACUACCUGGAUUUUCUUGAUAAAACAGCAAAAGGGACUAGGGGUGAAGAGAGUAUCAAGAUAAAGCAGAAAAUGAAAAAGAAGAUUUCAGUCCCACUCAAGUCUCAACAGGUUUUGACAGAAUUGUCUGUGAAAUGUUUGUGUGAACUGCUGAGCACUCAUCCCCACUUCAAUUAUAGAAACAACAUAAUAAUGGUUAUAGUUCCAUAUAUGAAUAACAGGAACUCUGAGAUAUCAGAUAUGGCAUGUAAUUGUGUGAAGAAAUGUUUCAAGGAGGAUAAAGCAGGAAAUAUUACAUUAGAGCUCACAAAGUGCAUUGGAAGGAUGAUUAAAGCCAGGGAGUAUAGAGUGCAACCAAAGGUAUUGGAGACAUUUUUAUCUCUGAAGAUCAAAGAAGUAAGCUACACAGAUCCUCUGUCAAAAGAUGAAAACACUAAAGAUAAGAAGAAUCAUAAACUUAAUGACAGGUUAUCAAGAAAAGAGAAAAAGAGGAAGAAGAAGAUGAUUUUUCUGGAAAAAGACCUUGAGGAAACCAAGGCAACAGAGGACAAGAAAUUGCGCCUUAAACUGCAUACAGAGACUAUACAAGCAGUGUUUCUGACGUAUUUUCGUAUUCUAAAGAAAGCUACAAGUUCAGUUCUGUUUCCCUUUGUACUUGAAGGACUUGCCAAAUUCGCUCAUUUGAUCAGUGUAGAUUUCUUUGAUGACUUGUUUACAGUAUUCAACAAACUCAUAUCUGAACAGGAGUUAACCUAUAGAGAAUCACUGCACUGUGUACAAACGGCAUUUACCAUCCUGUCUGGACAAGGUUCUGUGCUAAAUAUAGACCCUGUCAUAUUUUACAAACAUCUCUACAAGAAUUUGUUCCAUGUCCACGGAGGUAUCACAUCACAGGAUGUUGGGGUAGUUCUGCAGUGUUUAGAUGUCAUGAUCAGCAAAAGGAAAAGACAGGUUUCCCAGCAACGUAUUCUUGCAUUUAUUAAACGCCUAGCAACAUUAUGUGUGCAGCAGACGUCUUCAGGAAUGUUAGGAUUACUUGCUGCCAUCCGCAGUUUCAUGCUGAUUUACAAUUACACUGACAUCCUUCUGGACAACGAUGCUCAGGGCAGUGGAAUCUAUUUACCAGACGUAGAUGAUCCUGAACAUUGUCAUGCACAUAAUGCAGCACUCUGGGAAUUAACUUUGUUACAACAUCAUUAUGAUCCCGCUGUAAGACGACUGAGUAUACAUCUGAGUCAUGGAUCUUUAUCAGCAGGGGAGGUACAGUUGCCAGCAGAACUACGCAAAAAACCUCUUGAAAUGUUCGAAACUGCAGAAAAGUCAAAAUUCUUCACUUGCAAUGUAGCACAGAAAGUAGUAUCUAAGAAGAACAAGUUUCAAAGGAAACAUUUGAUUCAGGAGGAUAUGGAGGAGGUACUUGUAUCUGCAUUGCAGUCUACAGGCGACAUUAUCUGUACUACAUGAGGCUACCUCACGCUGCUGUUUAUAAUGAGAAAUAAAAUAUACACCAACUUA